AUGGCCCCCACAGCAACUCCAACCGCCAUCGUCCUCUUCCUCGACAGAACCGACGGCAUCGCCACCUCCACCAUUAACGAACUCCCCGGCUACCGGGUCGUGCGCACCUUCGGCACCGUCUGCGGCCUCAGCGUGCGCUCCAGCAACUGGGGCGCCGACAUCGCGUCUGUCCUCAAAUCGGCCGUCGGCGGAGAGCUGAAAUACCUCACCAACAUGCUCUACACAGCGCGAAACAACGCCGUCGAGCGCAUGGUCGGCGGGUGCAUCGGCCGCGGGGGCAACGCUGUCAUCGCCAUGCGCUUUGACACGUCCGAGAUUAUGAACUUUGCGCAGGUUUGCGCUUAUGGUACAGCGUGCGUCGUCGAAAAGGUUGAGUAGGUAGGUCGUGGCGGGGGGAGGAGUCGCCCAGGGGACAUCAGACACACGGCACUUCAGAAGAGUUCACUUCCUCGGCACAGCGUCUAGACUUGCUGCGUCUACAGCACACUCUAUUUUUACUUGCCGUCUUUUUUCUCCU